GAGAGGAGAGGGAGAAGGAGAGAGGGGCAGAGGAGAAGGGAGAAAAGGAGGGCAUGCCAGACAGGAAGGAGCGCCCUAGAGUCUCCGAAGCACGAAAGAGAGGACCAAUUAGGAAUUUUUCGGGCAACUGCCACCCCGGGGAGCAGCCAGAGACUCACCAUCACCCCAACUCUGACGUUUCCUACAAGAAGUUAGAGACUUAAGCAGUAUUCACAUCGGAGGGAAAUGGUAUGCUUGAUGCUGUGGAAAAUACCCCUGAGCUGAAGAAGUGCAACUGGAUGUUGUGUGUGUAUGUGAAAUACCAGAAGAGCUCAGACCCCGUGGGUAAUAGAGACGAAAUGUGGAGAGAAUGACUAACGACAAAUCCGUGAAUUUGUUCUGUGGAGUUGCUAAUUUGCCAGCCCGAAGCAACACAUUUUACAAGGAGGAAACGUUUUGCUGCUUCUGAUUUCUCCCCAAACUGGUGCUACCAGAUGCAUGGCUUUCUGUGUGUUGGAACAGCUCAUUCCUAACUGCAGCAUACCAGGAAAGGGGAAAGGUUGAAGCAACUAACUGGCUGUCUCCAAAUAAGCGAUGAGAUGUAAUGCAUCCUCCAGUCUAUGCACGCUUCCUCUUGUAAUUCGUGCAUCAUUCCUCAGUGGAAACCUUUAAACCCUAAAAUCCAGGAGAAGCGAAUAAAUACAUUAUCAUGGACCUGAGGGAUUUUUACCUGUUGGCUGCUCUGAUUGCCUGUUUAAGGCUGGAUUCCGCAAUAGCUCAAGAACUUAUUUACACUAUUAGAGAGGAAUUGCCUGAAAAUGUGCCCAUAGGAAACAUACCAAAGGAUCUGAACAUUUCUCACAUCAAUGCUGCCACAGGGACCAGCGCCAGCCUUGUCUACAGACUAGUUUCUAAAGCUGGGGAUGCCCCUUUGGUGAAAGUAUCCAGUAGCACCGGGGAAAUUUUCACAACCUCCAAUAGAAUAGACAGAGAAAAACUCUGUGCUGGAGCCUCUUACGCUGAGGAGAAUGAGUGUUUCUUUGAACUUGAGGUGGUGAUCCUCCCCAAUGAUUUUUUCAGGCUGAUCAAAAUAAAAAUAAUUGUCAAGGAUACCAAUGAUAAUGCCCCCAUGUUUCCAUCUCCUGUCAUCAAUAUUUCCAUCCCAGAAAACACUUUGAUCAACAGCCGCUUUCCAAUUCCAUCAGCAACAGAUCCUGACACAGGCUUCAAUGGUGUACAGCAUUAUGAAUUGUUAAAUGGGCAGAGUGUUUUUGGACUGGAUAUUGUGGAAACUCCGGAAGGCGAGAAGUGGCCGCAAUUGAUUGUUCAGCAAAACUUGGACAGAGAACAGAAAGAUACCUAUGUGAUGAAAAUCAAAGUAGAGGAUGGAGGCACUCCACAGAAAUCCAGCACGGCCAUACUGCAGGUCACAGUAAGUGAUGUAAAUGACAACAGGCCAGUGUUUAAAGAGGGUCAAGUGGAGGUGCAUAUUCCAGAGAAUGCUCCCGUAGGCACCUCUGUAAUUCAGCUCCAUGCCACUGAUGCAGAUAUAGGCAGUAAUGCUGAAAUCAGGUACAUUUUUGGUGCCCAGGUCGCCCCUGCAACCAAAAGACUCUUUGCUUUAAAUAAUACUACUGGGCUGAUUACAGUUCAGAGGUCCUUAGAUCGAGAGGAGACAGCCAUUCACAAAGUGACAGUGCUGGCUAGUGAUGGCAGCUCCACUCCCGCUCGAGCAACGGUUACCAUCAAUGUCACUGAUGUAAAUGAUAACCCUCCGAACAUAGACCUCAGGUACAUUAUAAGUCCCAUCAAUGGCACAGUGUAUUUGUCUGAGAAAGAUCCUGUCAAUACAAAGAUUGCCCUAAUUACAGUUUCAGAUAAGGACACAGAUGUGAAUGGCAAAGUGAUCUGUUUUAUUGAAAGAGAGGUCCCGUUUCAUUUGAAGGCAGUAUACGACAACCAGUAUUUGUUAGAGACCUCCUCUUUGUUGGACUAUGAGGGCACCAAAGAAUUCAGCUUUAAAAUUGUUGCCUCUGAUUCUGGGAAGCCCAGUUUAAAUCAGACUGCUCUGGUAAGGGUUAAGCUUGAGGAUGAAAAUGACAACCCACCAAUUUUCAACCAGCCUGUAAUUGAGCUGUCAGUUUCUGAAAACAACCGACGUGGGUUAUACUUAACAACUAUUAGUGCCACAGAUGAAGACAGUGGGAAAAAUGCAGAUAUUGUUUAUCAGCUUGGACCGAAUGCCUCCUUCUUUGAUCUGGACCGAAAGACAGGAGUUUUGACAGCCUCCAGAGUCUUUGACAGAGAAGAACAAGAAAGAUUCAUUUUUACAGUAACUGCCAGGGACAAUGGGACCCCUCCCCUCCAAAGCCAAGCGGCUGUGAUAGUUACUGUUCUGGAUGAGAAUGACAAUAGCCCCAAGUUUACUCAUAAUCAUUUUCAAUUUUUUGUGUCUGAGAAUCUGCCAAAGUAUAGUACCGUGGGGGUAAUCACAGUGACAGAUGCAGAUGCUGGAGAGAAUAAAGCUGUGACUCUUUCCAUUCUAAAUGACAAUGAUAAUUUUGUGUUGGAUCCCUAUUCUGGAGUCAUAAAGUCAAACGUCUCAUUUGACAGAGAGCAACAGAGUUCCUACACUUUCGAUGUUAAAGCCACUGAUGGGGGACAACCACCCCGUUCCUCUACUGCAAAAGUGACUAUAAAUGUCAUGGAUGUCAAUGACAACAGCCCAGUUGUCAUCUCGCCACCUUCUAAUACUUCUUUUAAGUUGGUGCCUCUCUCAGCCAUUCCUGGCUCCGUGGUAGCAGAAGUUUUUGCAGUGGAUAUUGACACUGGGAUGAAUGCUGAACUUAAGUAUACAAUUGUGAGUGGGAACAACAAAGGCCUGUUUCGUAUUGAUCCGGUAACAGGUAACAUCACUCUGGAAGAAAAACCAGCACCUGCUGAUGUAGGCUUGCACCGAUUGGUGGUCAACAUAAGUGACCUGGGAUACCCCAAGUCUCUGCACACACUUGUGCUUGUUUUCCUUUACGUUAAUGACACUGCUGGCAAUGCCUCCUAUAUCUAUGACUUGAUUCGCAGGACUAUGGAGACUCCCCUGGACAGGAACAUAGGGGACAGCAGCGAACCCUAUCAAAACGAGGACUAUCUCACCAUCAUGAUUGCCAUCGUCGCGGGUGCCAUGGUGGUCAUCGUUGUGAUCUUUGUCACCGUUCUGGUGCGCUGUCGCCAUGCAUCAAGAUUCAAAGCAGCUCAGAGGAGCAAGCAAGGUGCCGAAUGGAUGUCCCCAAACCAGGAGAACAAACAGAACAAGAAAAAGAAAAGGAAGAAAAGAAAGUCUCCCAAGAGCUCUCUUUUGAACUUUGUUACCAUCGAAGAGUCCAAACCCGAUGAUGCAGUUCACGAACCCAUCAAUGGGACCAUCAGCCUGCCAGCGGAGCUGGAGGAGCAAAGCAUAGGAAGAUUUGACUGGGGCCCGGCACCUCCAACCACCUUCAAGCCCAACAGCCCUGACCUGGCCAAGCACUACAAAUCCGCUUCUCCGCAGCCCGCUUUCCAUCUUAAACCAGACACUCCGGUGUCCGUGAAAAAGCAUCACGUGAUUCAGGAGCUCCCGUUGGACAACACCUUUGUCGGGGGUUGUGACACCCUUUCCAAACGCUCUUCCACUAGUUCAGAUCACUUCAGUGCCUCAGAGUGCAGUUCCCAAGGAGGCUUCAAGACAAAGGGCCCCUUACACACCAGACAGUGUAACUCACACAGCAAAAGUGACAAUAUUCCUGUCACUCCUCAGAAAUGUCCCAGCUCUGCGGGUUUCCACAUUCAGGAGAAUGAAGAAAGCCAUUACGAGUCGCAGCGCCGGGUUACCUUUCACCUCCCCGACGGCUCCCAGGAAAGCUGCAGUGACAGUGGUCUAGGAGACCACGAGCCGGUGGGUAGUGGCACCCUGAUCUCACACCCUCUUCCUCUGGUUCAGCCACAGGACGAAUUCUAUGACCAGGCCUCUCCGGACAAGAGGACGGAAGCAGAUGGCAACUCUGACCCCAACUCUGAUGGGCCUCUGGGCCCCCGAGGAUUAGCUGAGGCUACAGAGAUGUGCACUCAAGAGUGCUUGGUUUUGGGUCACUCUGAUAAUUGCUGGAUGCCUCCGGGCUUGGGUCCAUAUCAACACCCUAAAUCACCCCUCUCAACCUUUGCACCCCAGAAAGAAUGGGUCAAGAAGGACAAGCUUGUGAAUGGGCACACCCUGACCAGAGCCUGGAAAGAAGAUAGCAACAGGAACCAGUUCAAUGACCGCAAGCAGUAUGGCUCCACCGAAGGCCAUUUCAACAAUGGCAGCCACGUGACAGACAUUCCUCUGGCAAAUCUGAAGUCUUACAAGCAAGCAGGAGGUGCUAUUGAGAGUCCUAAGGAGCACCAGCUCUAAAAAAAGGGUAUAUGGGACCUAAUAACUUUAAUCUAAAUAUACAUGCUAAUACCGUGUGUGUCAGAGCUUUAUGUAUUCACUAGAUCUCUACAGCUAUGCCCCUUAUAGCAGGGAUAUCCAUAACUUUGUGUUAGCACCAUGGAGGAUACAAUGUUUUACCACGUAAGAGAGAAGAUAGUUCUACUAGCCAUGUGAUCUUGUUUACUAUGAUUGAUUAAAACUCUCCAGAGGUCUCUCCAUUGUGCAAAUAUCCUUUUUUUUUUUUUAAUUGCAUUUUAU